UUCACCAAAAAAAUUGGGCUUCUUAAAUGUGAUAGAACUCGUUGGAGCUCUUAGUGACAUUCUCCAUGUGGAGUUCAGGGAAGGAGAGCAAGACUUACUGGUGUUUGAUGCUGAUAUGAAGCCUCUACCACGUGAUGGAGCUGUUUCAUCAGUAAGAAGUUCAUAUUUAGUUCAAUCAGAUAAGAAAAUAGAAGCCAAAACUUUUGUCUCCAGUCCCCCUAGAAAUGCAUUGCCUACUGCUACCAUUAAGGAAACCCCAUGGAUUUGGUCUUUUAAAAAUCAUAAAGAGCCAGAACAGAGAAUUUACAAGAAGCCUAACCUGGUGGUGAAGCCUUUACAGCUGCAAGUAGAAAUUGAUAAAUCACAGCUCAGUCAGGCAAUGGCAAAUCAUGAUAUCCCACCAGAUGCUGCCUGGGACAAGAAAUUAUGCAGACUGCCGCCAUUAGAUACCAGUACCCUCGUGGGAGUCUUUGUGGAGAAUAUCAUCUCUCCUAGUCAAUUCUACAUCCAGAUCUAUAGCAGGGAUUCGUCAGAGUUACUUGAAGACAUGAUGAUUGAAAUGCGGCGCUGUUAUUCUAAUCAACUGGUUUCUGAUCGAUAUGCCAUGCCAGAAUAUUUUAUCCAACCAGGACAUCUCUGUUGUGUAAAGAUUUCUGAGGAUAAGUGGUGGUACCGAGUCAUUAUCCAUCGAGUUCUUGGGAAACAGGAAGUUGAAGUGUUCUACCCGGACUUUGGAAAUAUUGGAACUGUUCAGAAGUCCUCCUUGAGGUUCCUCAAAUGCUGCUACACAAAGCUUCCAGCUCAGGCUAUCCCUUGUUCUUUGGCUUGGGUGAGACCGGUAGAGGAAUGUUGGACAUCCAGAGCCAUUUUGCAGUUCCAGAAGCUGUGUGGUUUGAAGCCAUUAGUUGGGGUAGUAGAUGAAUACAUAGAUGGGAUCCUUAACAUUUUUUUGUGUGAUACAUCCUCAAAUGAAGACGUCUAUUUCCAUCAUGUCUUGAGAACAGAGGGCCAUGCUAUUGUAUGCCGAGAAAAUGUCCCUUCUAAGGGUUUCAGCGAACUCAAUCCUUUAACUUUAUACACUAAAUCCAGUGAAGGGCCAGAGGAUGGCUUGACAGGACUUGGUUGUCCUUCCCAGAACCACUAUUUUAAUGAAGACCGAGAGAUAAGUCCACAGUCAAAAGAGAGUGAUUUAUAUACGCCGGAUGAGAUCCCCACUGGAAUGCCAUGCCUGGAGUCAGUGACCAUAGGUGAUGAUGUUUGGGAUGAAAACUGGUUACCUUUGCGAGCUAAAGUGGGAAAAGAGAGUGAUGCCUCCCACUUAUGUACCUCCAGCCAUGGUGGAAAGAAGCCAUACCUGUCCGGUAAAGAAAUGCCAGAGAAGGAUUGGUGUUUUUCUACACAAGAUACAUGGGAUGAUGAUUCAUGUCAGCCUUUAGGCCUUGUGAAUGGAAUGCAAGUAGAAGCUCAAAAACAAGGACUGGGUGCUCAGGAAAAAGAUACUGGGACAACCAGCACUCAAAAGCAACCAAAUUCAGAAGGUUCUUCCUCUUCUUCCCCAUUGCCCAAGUUGGAAGAGUUCUACAUCUCUCUUAUCCAGUCACAGCAGUCAGCAGAAGGGAGCCCGGGCGAGCUGCACAGCAUCCAGACGCAGCCACAGCAGGCUCAGCUCUCUGCAGCAGCACUCGACUCCCCCCCCACCAUGGUGGACUCCCCAGAAAAACACUCUGGUUCAGUGGAAAGCUCCCCAGAGAGCCUAAAGAAUGAAGAUUUUUCUAGUAGCCAUGCUAUCACAGUGUUCAAAGAUAAGAGCUAUGGAGCCAUGGACCAGCUCUCUUUGAUUUUGUCUCCUGAGCACCAGAUUUCUCAGAAAUUCUACAUUCCUCGAAGUACAGCCACUGCUGCCUUAGGAGCUGCUGCCCGGUUAGCCACAUCCAGGAGCUUCCUACACUGGUACCCCAGUGUGAAAAGGAUGGAGGCAUGAGGG